AAAAAAAAAAAAAAAAUUAGCACUAUGGAGAAGCUUUUACCCAAACUGUUUUGAGUCAUUGGCCGUACCAAUUGCCAAAGACUUUCUUUUAAUAGAUAUCGGGAUGUUAAUGGAUGGGUCUUUUUGAGGAUAUAUAAUGGCCCAAAAAAUGAAUCUUGCUAUGAAUGUAAUCCCCACCUUGAUGAAUUUCGAAAAGCUUUGCUAAAAAUAGAUAAAAGGGUUAAGGUUACGCUGAAAAUUCUUCUAUUCUCUAAAAGAGAAGAUGGAAAAGGGCUUCUUCAAGUUUUUCUCCCCUGAAAACAGCUCAAAGCGGCUGAAAAUCCCCACAGCUUUUACAGAUUAUAAGAAUGGAGAGUUACCUAGGAAGGUUUCUGUUAGGGAUCGGUUUGGCAAUACGUGGCCCAUGGGAGUGGCCAAAACAGGAGGAAAUUAUUAUUUCCAUUAUGGAUGGGAGAAAUUCAUUGAGCAGAACACAGUAGAGUUUGGAGACCUUUUAAUUUUUGACUAUGAUGGAAAUGGUGUAUUUGACUUCAAAUUACUUGGACACACUUGUUGUGAAAAGAAAGGAGCUGGAGGUUUAAAAGAAGAAGACAAAGAAACUGAGGACGAAGAGGAAGAUGAGACUGAAAGGGUCCCAUGUUCAAAAUGCAUACACGUGGAAGAGGAAGAUGAUGAUGAAGAGGAGGAAUAUGAGGAAGAAACUGAGGAGGAGGAGGAGGAAGAGGAAGAGGAAAAGGAAGAAGAGAAUGCAAGGGCUGGCAUAUUCAAGAAAAAGGUGCCACCUUCAAAAGCUGGAUGCAAAAGAGCCACUGUUUGCAAGGUGAGGGAUUUCCAUGACCAAUAUGGUGCAGAUAUUUUCAAAAGUGGACGCGCAACUCAGCCAAAAAAUCCUUACUUUGUAGCAAAAAUACGAUUAAAAAGGAGAGACCAACUGUACGUUCCGAUUGAUGUGGUGAGAGACUUCAAACUUGAAAUCCCUCCAACAAUGACCAUUUGCGAUUCUGCUAGCAGAGAAUUUGAGACAAAACUCAAGAAUUGGAAGGACGGUAGAAUAUGGCUACAUGGAGGCUGGCGCAGUUUAUGCAGAUUGAACCUUGUGGAGAAAAAUGACAGGUGCAUUUGUGAAUUUGUGAAAGGAAAAGGUGAAAAAGGCCUUUACUUGCAAGUUCAAGUUCUCCAUGAAGGAGCAAGUUCCCAACCACAACAAGAAGUAUAAGAAAUAGUCUCCUGCUAUUUACCAUAACAUUUUAAGUUUUACAGCCUUAAGUGCUACUAUAAGUUACAAAUUUUGAAGAAAUAAGUGCUGUUGUUUGUUGACAAAAAAUGAAGACUGUUCUACUUUGUAUUAAUGCUCUGACAAUUAAGCCAAUAAUCUGGCGUUUAGAGUUGACUAAUUUGUUAUGUACUGUUGUUUGUUAUAGUACAAGUUUGUAA